GGCUCUGUUGCAUAGUGGCUGCAUCGUCUCUAGCUGUGACCUGGAUAGAUCAGGAUGGCGACAGCAGCUGCUGCGGCGAGCAGUGUGGAGAGGGGAGUGCUGGAAGAAGAGUUCAAAUGGCUCCUGAAGGAAGAAGUGCACUCUGUCCUGAAGCAGUUGCAGGAUAUAUUGAAGGAGGCAUCCCGCAGGUUUACACUUCCCAGUGGAACAGCAGAUGGCGCCACCAAGCAAGAGAACUUUGUGUUGGGAAGCUCCAGCACAGAUCAAGUGAAGGGAGUUCUGACACUACAAGGCGACACUCUCUGCCAGGCUGAAGUCAAUUUAAAGGUCUCGAGGACCAAUCAGCUUCUCCACUUUGCCUUUCGGGAGGACAAGCAGUGGAAGAUGCAGCAGAUCCAGGACGCCAGGAACCACGUGAAUCAGGCAAUUUAUCUGCUCACCAACCGGGGUGAGAAUUACACCUUCCAGACCGGGUCCGAGGUACUGAAGCUGAUGGAUGCUGUGAUGCUACAGUUAACCCGAGCUCGGAAUCGCCUCACAACCCCGGCAACCAUGACACUACCAGAAGUCGCUACUAUAGGGCUAACGAAAAUGUUUACCCCAGCACUUCCUCCCGACAUUCUCCUGAAUUUCUAUGUUAAUGUCAAUAAGUUGUGUCUGCUGGUUUAUCAACUCCACGCCCUGCAACCAAACUCCACCAAGAAUUUCCGGCCUGCUGGCAGUUCUGUCCUGCAUAAUCCAGGAGCAAUGUUCGAGCUGAACAACCAGCGGUUUGAGAUCAGUCACGUCCAUAAAGUGGAGUGCGUGGUGCCCUGGCUGAACGACGCGCUGGUCUUCUUCACCGUGUCAUUGCAGCUCUGCCAGCAACUGAAGGACAAGAUUUCCAUAUUUUCCAGUUACUGGAAUUUCAGGGCAUAUUAAGUCUUCUACUUUUGUCAUCAUCCUGCUGCUUGUAAUCCAGAGUAGUCGUUUAGGGAAGGAGAAGUCGGGUUCCGGAAGAGUGUGGAUGUCCUAUAUAAUCUCACAGCAGCUGUAGAAGGAUCUGCAGGGGUACCAAGGCCAUUGGAUCUCCCAGGACUCAUGAACUCUUGUAUUUGCUGUCUUUGCCCCCCCCCCCCAAAGACUCCCCAUCUUCAGGAAAGCCGGACCACACCUUGGGACACUAUGCAUGAAUGUUGUACACUGAUGUAUAUGUAUUAUUUAUUUGCUUCUUCACAGCAUUUCAUCACUAAGAAGGGAUUUUGUUUUAUA